CCUGCGCCGUCUUUUCUAUCAUUCUCUACCAACGCCUGCUGUAGACAUGUGAGGGAAACUGUCCAUGUUUCGAAAUCCUCGAGAAAAUCGUACUCUACCUCCGACAAGCCAACUGCCUCCGUCAGUCGGUCGCCCUCCCUCGCCACCCCGCUUCAACUCCACGAUAAACAUUGCUACGGCGAUGCCUGCCCAAAACUCGCGGACAAUGGCUACUCCGAAGCCCCGAAGGACCUCUUCACAGGCACGGCAGACCCAAACGACCUUGGUGCCUUCAAGUUGGGGCAAAAAGUCAGUGAAUGGCGGCACCAAGGCUAAGCCGAAAGCCGCUCCCAACGGGAAUAUCAUGGCAUUCUUCAAGAAGGCGGAGGAGCAGAACAACAGGAUAUUCUUGCAGGAAAGGGGCACAAAUGCCGGUUUGGCUGAACCGGAUGCUGAGGAGCCGGAUAUUGGGUGGGCUGACAGCCUGGAUGUGAUAGAAGCGGACGGGGUGGGCGCCGGGUCGGACGAUAGGCGUUACAACGAGUACGGUGGUAGUUUCAAGCGACGGAGGGUUACCGAGGAAGCAUUACCGGAGGAGUGCAGUCCACCACCCCCACAAGAAAGCUACCGUCCUGGGUCCACUACGCCAGCGAUCCAUCUGAAGGAAGUGAAGAAAACCGGACCAUUUAUAGAUGACUCCGACUCAGAGACUGAGGAUGUCGUCUCGAACACCGAAAGAGGUAUAGAAAGGUGCCAACCACCGUCUGUUAGGUCACGGAAUUCUAAUCUUUCACCUUUGAAGUCGACCAUGGCCAACUCUACUGAGACGACGGUCCGGGAACCGCCCCGCUCGUUUCACGCUCCGCCAUCUUUGAAGACCGAAGAUACUUCUGUGCCAGAGGAAGAGAACAACUUGGACGAUUAUGAGGGUGUCGAUGACGAUGAUUUUCAAGAAGGAGAGGAGAACGAGGAACGACAUUGGAUGGAGGAACAAAGACGGCUUGAAAUGGCUGAGGAAGGUGUGCCCGAAGAGUUCAUGGACCUGGAAGUGCCUUUCAUGUUUCCUGGAACCGAAAAUGGCAAUGAGUUGGCUACGGAGCUUCCCACUGAAGAGGUACCGAGCUGUCCAAUUUGCAACGCUCCUCUGGACGCACUUGGCGAACAGCAAAGGCUGGUGCACGUGAAUGCAUGCUUAGAUGGGAACUCUAUAGCAGCAUCAGAUUCAACCAAUUCCGCCGAGGCUACGUCAAAACCCUGGAGCAAUGGCAGAAACAUUUUCAGACCGACACCGCGCCCCGCGCGCGAAGGGCAGGCGAAUCCAUUUCAACUUGGGGAAUUCAAUGAAGCCGACAAGUCAGCUUUCUCAAAACUGAUGGCGAAUAAUGCCGAGGACUCCGCAUGGGCCACGGCAGCAGUCGCCGAACGCACGGCGAGGGGGAAGCCAUCCUAUCAACGGACUUGCCCUUUCUAUAAGAUUCUGCCCGGCUUCUAUAUCUGCGUGGACGCCUUUCGCUAUGGUGCUGUUAAGGGGCAAAAUGCCUACUUUCUCAGCCAUUUCCAUAGUGAUCAUUACAUUGGACUGACAUCGUCCUGGUCCCACGGCCCGAUAUAUUGCAGCAAAGUUACGGGAAACCUGGUGCGGCAACAACUCCGGGUAGAUCCCAAGUGGGUGGUCGAUCUUGAGUUUGAGCAGAAGACGGAAGUGCCAAAUACUGAGGGAGUUUUCGUUACAAUGAUACCCGCUAACCAUUGUCCUGGGAGCUCGUUAUUUCUCUUCGAGAAGGAAGUGGGAAAAGUUCAAAACCCCAGGUUGCAACGAGUUCUACAUUGUGGAGAUUUCCGAGCAUGCAAGGCACAUGUGGAGCAUCCUCUUCUACGUCCUGACGUGCUGGAUACGGUAAGUGGGAAAACGAGGCAACAGAAGCUCGAUGUCUGUUACCUUGACACAACGUAUCUGAACCCCAAAUAUGCUUUUCCGCCGCAAGAACAAGUUAUACAAGCUUGCGCCGACAUGUGUGUAAGUUUGAAUACUGCUACAGCGGACGAGAACGAUGGUUGGGAAAAGAUGAAGAGGGAGCGUGCUGGCCAAGGCAUGGUCAACUUUAUCCAAAGGGAACGAGAGCAACUGGCAGGAGCGGAUCCCGAUGCCAUGGCGAUCAACGGACAGGAUGGUCCUAAAGACAGCGGCCGGUUGCUAGUGAUUGUCGGCACUUACAGCAUCGGAAAAGAGCGCAUGUGCGUUGGUAUUGCAAAAGCCUUGAAAAGCAAGAUUUAUGCCCCUCCAAACAAGCAAAAGAUUUGCCUAGCACUGGAGGACCCCGAACUGAACGCCCUUUUAACAACAGAUCCGAGGGACGCGCAAGUGCACAUGACGCCGCUCUUCGAAAUCCGCGCAGAAACACUUGACGACUAUCUGCGCGACUACCGUGAUCACUUCUCAAGAGCCGUCGGCUUCAGGCCGUCAGGUUGGAAUUACCGCCCACCAAAUAGUCGGUUCACGGAGAAUCCAUCCGUGCAAACAGUGCUACACUCGAAAAACUGGAAAACCCAAUUCACAAUGCGAGACUUGACACCACAAAGAGGCAGUACAAGUCGGGCCAGUUGCUUCGGUGUUCCUUACAGUGAGCAUAGCAGUUUCCGCGAGCUCACAAUGUUUUGCUGUGCUUUGAGGAUCGACAAAAUCAUCCCGACGGUCAAUGUGGGAAAUGCUAAAGCUAGGGAGAGGAUGAAGGCUUGGUGCGAUAAGUGGGCCCUGGAAAAGAAGAAGAAUGGGCUAUUCCGCCUUUGGGAGGAUGGGAGUAGCUGGUAGAUGGCCUUUGUUGCCAGACGAAUCACUUGGGCGCCUUUCAUCAGCUUUGAUAGGACACGCUAUUGUAGCAUUCCAUUCCUGGUACUUUCACGGCGUUUGUCAAAGAUACCCAGAUGUUCCAUCCAAUAGACAUCCACAAUUCAAA